AUGGAAAACAUGUAUGAGAACAAUCCUGAUGCCAAGUACGAUGGAGCACUGUCAAUUGGAGUUCCCCGUGAGCUAGCUGGCCUUCAUGAAGCAUGGUUGAAACAUGGGCAAUUGCCUUGGAGGACUUUAUUCCAACCAGCAAUUAAACUUGCUAAAGAGGGAUUUGUGGUUUCUCUAUAUCUCGAAUCAGCCAUAGGUCAUUCCGCAAACAAAAUAAUGGCUGACCGCUGCUUACAGCAAGUAUAUGCACCAAAUGGGAAAUUGCUACGAGCUGGUGAUAUAUGCUAUAGUUUGGAACUUGGCCUCAGCUUAGAGACAGUAGCAGAACAAGGGCCACAAGCCUUCUACAAUGGAACGAUUGGGAAAAAUCUAGUUGAGGAUGUGAGAGAGGCAGGUGGAAUUUUGACUAUGGAAGACUUGAGGAAUUACAAAGUGGAUGUUAUGGAUGGAGACNGGAACGAUUGGGAAAAAUCUAGUUGA